UGCUACCGCGGCUUCUACAAACUGCAGCCCGAGAUGACCAGGAGCAUUUACGAUCAGUUUAUAUCCCAGCUGCAGGCGUCCAUCAAGGAGGAGAUUCAGGAGGUAAAGGAUGAAGGGAAUCUGGAGAUGCUCUUUAACUCACUGGAUAAGAUCGUGGAGGAGGCAAAGAACCGGGAAGAGCCUGCAUGGCGUCCCAGCGGGAUCCCGGAGGAGGAUGUUCGCAGUGCUCUGGUGCCCUACCUCCUUAAGCACCGGUCGUACUUGCGGAAAAUCCUAAAGGAGAAAGAGGAAGAGAACAAGAAGGUAGCAGAGUCUGUGCUUGCGGGGAGGGAGAGGAUUGCAGAGCUGCAGCAGCUGAUACAAGCUCGCAAACAUGCCUGGCAGGCAAUCGGCAAAGAGCAACAAGAACUCCUCAUGACAUUCAAGGAGCCCCAGUGAGGGCGCGGGGAGAUUCCCCGUGUUUCGCAGGGGGGGUUUUUCCUCAUCUCUGAAGCACUGACAACGCUUUGGGAAAUGGAACUUGGUGCGUGGCAUAUCCAAACCCCGCAGAUUCGCCUUCAUCUCAUUGGGCCAGACAAAACUUGGGACUGAAAAGCUGCCCAGACUUGUGCAAUUUAAUCAAAGUUUGUGAAGAAAUAAAAAAGAACGCUUUGGCAUCUUCAGAAAUAGAUGACAGUGCCCUGUCCCCUGCCCAGCUCAACGGGGAGGAGAAUCCUAUGGAUACGAUGGCCUGAGCUGUAUGCUCAUGCACUUCUUGAGUGCUGCGACAGGCCUGUUCCUGCCUUACAAAAGCCAAAUUUGUGGCCUUGGAGGUACUUCAGGUGUGCGGUAGGGGAAAAACUGGUGCCUGAUGCACAGAGGCUGUGGCUGCGCACAGAAGCGGGGAGCCAGGGAGCUGCGGCACGCGAAGCCCACGGUCGGGUAGAUGCUACCACGGCGUUUUUGUACGGCUCUUUCGCCGCUGUGUUCCUUUUCACUCUCCAUGUCUUAACCAAUUGACCCGUCGGAACAGUUCCCCAUUGAUGUUUUUUCUGGUUUUUCCAUUAUUUUCCAUCCCUGCUCCCCUCCUGGCAGACACGCACAGUGUGAAGGAUCUGGGGGUGGCGCCGCUCGUGUGUGUGGAGAUGAGCAGAGGUCGGAACGGCCCUGCCUGGACUUUGUGGGCUCGCGGCGAAGAGACUGAACGUUUUCCUGUGAAACCUCUGUUGUUGACUCCCGGAACCAAACUGGGUUUGGUUUUACCCAUCUGCAGUUGUUCUUUACCGUCUCGUCGGAAGUUUGCCAGCCAGGGAAGUGGGGACUGGCUGGAGUCUGCCUGCCGGGGCGCUAGCCAAGCCCUGCAAGUGAGGAGUAUUUUCAAAAAGGAGAGAAGAUCCUUCCCCUGGGCUGGGCAGACGCCGAGGAGAGCCCUGCUGAGCCCCACAAGGACCCAUUUGGGAUCCGUUCCCGGCUCUGCCGAGGGCAGCAGGUUCCCCCUCACCUGUGGUGCCCUGCGGCUGUCGGCAUGCACCGUCCCCAGGGCAGGCUCUGCCCCCUGCGGUGGGGAAACACAAAUUCUGAGAGCGACGGGGGCUGUUCCCACCGAGCAGAAGCCUCUGUUCUCAAUUAGAGGCAGCCGGAGCCUGCGAUGGACUGACGGAGGCAUAUUUUCCUUCUGUCGUAAACAAGCCUUCCCUCGCUGCAUUGUAAUCUAAAUAAAUUGGAGCUGUUGUUC